GGAGCCCGGGCCGCAGCCGCAGCCGCAGCCGCAGCCGCAGCGGGGCCGACAUGACCACAGCUCCCCAGGAGCCCCCUGCCCGGCCUCCCCAGGCGGGCAGUGGAGUCAACCGGGCCCCUGGGCGCGCCAUGCGCAGCACCACCCUACUGGCGUUGCUGGCCCUGGUCCUACUCUACUUGGUAUCCGGUGCCCUGGUGUUCCAGGCCCUGGAGCAGCCCCACGAGCAGCAGGCCCAGAGGGAGCUGGGGGAGGUCCGAGAGAAGUUCCUGAGGGCCCAUCCAUGUGUGAGCGACCAGGACCUGGGGCUCUUCAUCAAGGAGGUGGCUGAUGCCCUGGGAGGGGGUGCGGACCCUGACACCAACUCAACCAGUAACAGCAACCACUCAGCCUGGGACCUGGGCAGCGCCUUCUUUUUCUCAGGCACCAUCAUCACCACCAUCGGCUAUGGCAACGCGGCCCUGCGCACAGAUGCCGGGCGGCUCUUCUGCAUCUUUUACGCGCUGGUGGGGAUCCCGUUGUUCGGGAUCCUGCUGGCAGGGGUCGGGGACCGGCUGGGCUCCUCUCUGCGCCGCGGCAUCGGUCACAUCGAAGCCAUCUUCCUGGUGAGCUGCUCCUCGCCCUGCGCGCCCUUGCGUUACGCUGGGGUUACCCUGCCCUACGUCCCCAACCGGGCACCGGGAGCGCGCGGGCCUCUGAGAGCGCGAGAGCCUCGCGCACGGGCUCGAGGAGGAGGAGCCGGUGUGGGGCGCGACGGCGGAGGUUUUGGCGACUUCUUGGCUCUGGGCCCUUGCUCCUCCCUGCAGAAGUGGCACGUGCCACCGGAGCUGGUGCGAAUACUAUCCGCGGUGCUCUUCCUGUUGAUUGGCUGCCUGCUCUUUGUCCUCACGCCCACGUUCGUGUUCUGCUACGUGGAGGGCUGGAGCAAGCUGGAGGCCAUCUACUUCGUCGUAGUGACGCUCACCACGGUGGGCUUCGGGGACUAUGUGGCCGGCGCCAGUCCCAACCAGAACUCUGCAGCCUACCAGCCGCUGGUGUGGUUCUGGAUCCUGCUCGGCCUGGCCUACUUCGCCUCAGUACUCACCACCAUCGGGAACUGGCUUCGAGUAGUGUCCCGGCGCACUCGGGCAGAGAUGGGCGGCCUCACGGCGCAGGCCGCCAGCUGGACCGGCACCGUGACGGCGCGGGUGACCCAGAGAGUCGGGCCCACGGCACCACCGCCGCUGGAGAAGGAGCGGCCACUCCUGCCUCCACCGCCGUGCCCAGCGCAGCCCGCCGGCGGGCCCCUGUCCCCUGCGCUCCCAGCGAAGGCCGAGCCGCCAACCCCGCCGUCCCCGCCCACCCCGCCCACCGCCUCCGCGCUGGAUUACCCCAGCGAGAACCUGGCCUUCAUCGACGAGUCCUCUGAUACCCAGAGCGAGCGUGGCUGCGCGCUGCCCCGCGCGCCACGGGGUCGCCGUCGCCCCCCUAACCCUCCCCGGAAGCCCGUGCGGCCGCGGGGCCCAGGGCGUCCCCGGGAAAAAGGCGUGCCGGUGUAGGGGCAGGACCCCCGGCCCGGGCCUCUCAAAGGGCUUCGUUCUAGCUCUCCCUGGCAUGCUCUGCUUGUUUGACCAAAGAGGCCUCUUUCGACCGGACUGAGGCCUGGGGAGGAAGCUACGGGUUGCUUGUCUGCCACCCCCCCCCCCCCCCCCCCCGCCCGGCUCCUGGCCCUCUCCUCACUUCAUUCAUUUGCAGACCCCCCAAGGCUUUCUGUCUCGCUGUCCCGGCUGGGCCCGUCCCUCACAACACCUCACGACUGUGCCUCAAAGCCUGCAUCAAUAAACGAAAACAGUUUGCACCGCUGCGGGCGUGCGCGCUCCGGGAACGCGAGUGGGUGUGGGAGAGCUUGCGUCGGGCCGCCUCCGGGGCAAGCCAGGCCUCCUGCGACCCCCAGGCCGGGCCUCCUCCUCCCCCCCCACCCCCCCCAUUCCCGCCACGCGUG